AGUUCACCACUCCCAUCAUGUCAUCUGAGCGACCUUUGACGGAGUAAUAAACACACCCACCACCACAUCACCUCCUAACUUCCCCUAAAAAUACAAAGACAAAACAACAUAAACAAACUCAAAAUAUAAAAAACACUUCUUGUCGUAUAUUCUUUGUUUUCUUUCUUUGAAUUUGUCGCAUGAUUUUUUUUUUCUCUCAAAAGCCCAGCAGCACAGGAUCUAGGUCCCUUUGGAAUUCGUUCUGGAAAAUUUGAUCUGGGUUUUGAUGAUUGUUGGAGGAUUCAGCUUGUGGGUGCUGGUUUAGAUUUUCAUUUUGAAGAAUUGGAAGUAACCUGUGUUUUGUAAAAGUGUUUUUUCUUGUUUUGAGAUUCUGGAAUGUGGUGGGACGCUGGAGCACCUACUGAUUCUUUCUACCAGGUUCGGCCUGAAUGCACCGAUGUUCCAAAAACCAAGUUCAGAAUCAAGGCUGGCAAGACCCUAAGUGCAAGGAAAUGGCAAACUGCGUUCACUCCAGAAGGUUAUCUCGACAUAGCCAGAACACUUAGUCGGAUCCGCCGUGGGGGGAUCCAUCCAUCAAUUAGAGGAGAAGUAUGGGAAUUUCUACUUGGUUGUUAUGAUCCUAAGAGCACAUUUGAUGAACGAGAGCAGAUACGCCAACAUCGAAGGGAAAAAUAUGCGUUGUUGAAAGAAGAGUGUCGCCAGAUGUUUCCCCUUAUUGGAAGUGGGAGGUUUAUAACCGCACCUGUAGUUACCGAAGAUGGUGAACCUGUUCAAGAUCCUGUUGUACUUAAGGAACUGGGAUUACUUCCUGAAGAAAAUGGUAAUGCUGACAACUUUGAGCUUUCAACUGGCAGUGUGGUAUAUGCUGAUGCCUUCAAUAGUGCAAUUUCAGGUGCUUCAGGCGGUUCAGAAAUGGUAAAGGAGCCAAGUGGUCAUGGUCCCCAGGACAAGAAAGUAAUUCAAUGGAAGCUUACACUACAUCAAAUAGGUUGGUAUUUCAUGUAA